UAUACCACAUAGUGCCAUCAUUAAUGUGCCGAAUUGACUUCCCGUCCCCGCAAUCACCAAGAGAAACUGUUUCAUUUUGCUGGAGGUAAUGGCAGAGAGAUCAGCCGACCUCGAUCGAGACCUCACCUAACAUCUGCAAGCUUUCUUACAACUUCACAACAUAUAAAGCAGCACUUAAGAACGUGCAUCACUCAUCAGGUUGGGCCGAAAAAUGGGAAGCACAUCGAAAAUGCAUUCAGGCGUCGAGUCUUUGAAGAUAUGUAUUCUUGGAGCCGGCAUGGGAGGGCUCGCAUGUGCCCUUGGCCUUGCCCGGGCCGGCUUCAAGGACAUCACCGUCUAUGAAUUGGCGUCGAAUCUGGGCUUCGUUGGUGCAGGUAUCCAAAUGGCGCCCAACAUGGCGCGGAUCCUCGACAGAUUCGGAGUCUGGAAUGCCAUAUUCGAGGAAGCAGUCGUCUUGAACGAAACGGAAGUCCGUCAGGGCGCUACAGACGAACAAAUGGCCCAUAUCGACUUGAAAUACAUCAAAGAGCAAUAUGGCUAUCCUCACACAGUCGGUCAUCGGGCAACACUCGCCGGCGAAUUGUAUGAAGGAUGCAAACGUGAGUCGAAGAACGUCAAGUUCGCCUUCGCAACGACCUGCGAAAACGUCAAAUUUGGUUCCAAGCCCACCUUCACGGCCGUGCCACGGAAUGGUGAGCCCUAUGAAGUGGAGUGCGAUAUCCUUCUCGGCGCCGACGGCGUCAAGUCAAAUACGCGCGUGGCCAUGUUGAAAGAACUCAAUGUCGAGGCAGAAGUCAAGGACACUGCCCAGGCCGCCUACCGGAUCAUGCUUACACGAGAUCAGCUCAAAGAUGACCCGGAAUUGCUGGCCCUGCUUGACGCCGACAAAGUCAUCCGCUGGAUCGGUGAAAAGAGGCAUAUCAUCGCAUAUCCCGUUUCGCGGAAACAGAUUUACAACAUAUCAACCACUCAGCCGGAUGUCAACUUUGCAGCGGCACCUUCGGCGACCUACACCACUAAAGGGUCCAAGAAAGCUAUGCUUGAGGUCUACGGCGAUUAUUGUCCAAUGAUUCAUCGAAUGUUGGACCUUGUCCCAGAGGGCGAGGUUUGUGAGUGGAAGCUGAGGGUUCAUGCACCGCUACCCACAUGGGUGCAUGGAAGCGUGGGUCUGGUCGGCGAUGCUUGCCACCCUACCUUGCCUCACAUGGCGCAGGGUGCAGCCCAAGCCAUCGAAGAUGCAGGUGUCCUAUCGGUGGUGUUGGCACACUUGCCGUCAGGCGCUAGCCCAGAAGACAUCAACAAGGCCCUCAAAAUCUACGAGGAUGUGAGAAAAGAGCGUGCGGAGACUUUGGUCGAGUUAGCCGCUCAGAGUGGUCGAAAUAUGCAUCUUGGUGAUGGAGAGGCCAAGAAAGAGCGUGAUAGACAGUUUGCCGCAUUGAAGGCUGGGGGCGGCAAAGGCCCUGUACCGGAUAAAUGGGCGGAUGCUGAUGUCCAGAAAAUUGUAUACGGAGUCGAUUGCAUGAAGAUCGCCGAGGAGGUUGCCACGAAAGAGUUCGGCUCUUGAAUUGUAUUGUAUGCAUGUUUGUAUUAUGUGAAAGGAACUGCUCUUCAUCAACGAAUUGUCACGCCGAAUCUGCUAGCUGUUCCAGUCACCACCUAGCCUCAGUGCGAUUGCGUUAGGGUACCUAUGGAAAUAGCAUUACCUAUCCCGACUAAGGGUCCAACGUGUGCCAUAGGUACCUGGUAUGCUUCGGCCACGCGGCAACCGUUAAUCUGAUAUGCAAAGCAUGUUACCGAGUAUCCAUAAUACUCAUCGUGCUAA